ACAAGUACUUCUAUGUCCCUCGCGACCCUCUCGAACUUCCUUUCUCAAGAUCCUCCACACUGCACGCGACACUUCCACGAUUGUGGGCGGCCUCAAUACGAAUCGCGCCAGACUCCACUAGGAACUUGCCCCGAGCAACCCCAGUCCGCAAGCCACUCCGCUUUCUAAACCCUGAGCCGCAGUGCACGUUCAUACUCCCUCCGCCUGUGCCCAAAUUCUCUUUACACUCUACUCUCCUCUACUAUGUCGGAGAUCGAGCACGAAAAGAUGGCCACGACCUCUGCAGGUCAUGGUGCGGAGAGUCCGUCGCCAGAGAUCAUGACCGACGAGUCCAAGCCUAGAGGAAAGGCAUGGAUGUACAAGAGAUUGGGCCUUGGUCCCGUCAGCAUACCUCCCUUCGCCUCACCGCAGUUCCAGAUCGUCUUUGUCGCGCUGGUCUGCUUCUUGUGCCCAGGCAUGUUCAACGCGGUCAAUGGCCUCGGCGCUGCUGGUCAAGUCAAUGCGCACGAUAUCAACAAUGCGAACACUGCCGUUUACGCGACCUUCUCCAUUGUCGCUUUCUUCGCAGGCAGUAUCGCCAACAAACUCGGUCUUCGACUGACCUUGGGCAUUGGAGGAUUUGGAUACUGUCUCUACAUCGCCUCGAUCCUAUCAUACAACCACGAUGGAAACGCGGGGUUCUUGAUCUUUGCCGGCGCUCUUCUGGGCGUCUGCGCUGGUCUGCUGUGGACCGCUCAAGGCUCCAUCAUGUUGUCCUAUCCGCCGGAGAAGUCGAAGGGUCGCUACAUCGCUGUCUUCUGGAUGAUCUUCAACCUAGGAGCUGUUAUUGGCGGCUUGGUGCCCCUCGGUCAGAAUAUCCAUAACACCAAUGCUGGCACAGUUGGCGACGGCACUUACAUCGCUUUCAUUAUCUUGAUGGCGUGUGGUUUCGUGCUGGCCGGGUUUCUCUGCAACCCCAAGUUCGUUGAACGGUCCGAUGGUUCCCGGGUUAUCCUCAUGAAGAAUCCGACCUGGAAGACUGAGAUCCGUGGUCUCUACGAAUCCCUGGUCCACGAUUGGUACAUCAUCUUCCUCUUCCCAAUGUUCUUUGCCAGCAACUGGUUCUACACUUACCAUUUCAACGAUGUCAAUCUACCCAAAUUCAAUGUUCGCACACGUGCUCUCAACAGUGUUUUGUACUACAUCUCCCAGAUCAUUGGCGCAUGGAUCUUUGGUUUUGCUCUCGAUACCACUUACUUUCGCCGCACGACCCGAGCACGGAUGGCUAUGGGUGUGCUGUUCAUCCUUACCAUGGUCAUUUGGGGCGGUGGUUAUGAUUUCCAGAAGAAGUACACUCGUGCCACGGUCAAAGCUGCAGACUUUGAGACGCUUGACUGGACCGACUCUGGCUACGUUGGCCCCAUGUUCUUGUACAUGUUUUACGGUGCUUAUGACUCCGUCUGGCAGACGACUACCUACUGGCUCAUGGGCUCCUUGACCAACAAUGGUCGCAAGCUCGCCAACUUUACUGGCUUCUACAAGGGCAUCCAGUCAGCCGGUGGUGCUAUCUCGCCACAACUUGACGCCAACCUAGUCUCGUACAUGGCCGAGUUCGCCGUCAAUUGGGGUCUCUUGAGCGGCUCCCUUCUCAUUGCGGCCCCCGUUAUCUGGCUUAAGGUCAAGGACGUGACAGAUCUUGACGAGGAUUUGAAAUUCAGUGACGAGACCAGAGCCGAUGUGGUGCCUAUUAGUCCUGUCGUCGGUGCUGAGGGAUUGAUGAGUGAGAAGCAUCAGUAAGGGAAGGCAGGAUUGCAUAUGUCUCAAUGAGAGCGGAUAUGUUGAUCGAUACCAUCUGGAGGGGUUCACCUGCGCUUCUGCGCUCAUAU